CCGCCACUAGGAUCUAGGAUCGUAGAAUUGCAGAUCUGGAAGGAAACCCAAGGGUCAUCUAGAUCCACCCCCUGAAAUCAGUGCCAUGUGGGGCUUAAAUGCAGAAAACGCGGGAGCUGCUGAGACGGGCACAGAAGCAACUACGGCAGAGUGCGACGACCGGGAGGGAGAGGGAAUAAAAGCGAGAGAGAGGAAGAGAGUUGGACGGAGAAAAGCCUAAGAGACCAGCAAGCAAAGCCUCCGAAGAGGGAACUGAGCUUUACUGCAAAAAAAACCGGACUGGCAGCAGGUAAGGAGCGCACUGAGAUCCACAAUGGUGGAAGACUUUGAGGUAGCCAUUUCUCAGGGCCAGUUGGCAGACUCUAUGUCACACGUGCUGGCAAAACCACUGCACUUUUUCAACAGCACUCCGCUCAACAUUGCCGUAGUAGGAGAGCCCGGCUCCGGGAAGUCCUCCUUCAUCAAUGCCAUGCUGGGUCUUCGUGCCAAUGACCCGCGUGCUGCUGCAACUGGCAUACAGAUGACGACAGUGCAAGUCAAGGAUUACCCACACCCAACACUUCCGCAAGUGAUCCUUUGGGACCACCCUGGAAGGGGAAUGGCAACUUUUGGGGAGGACAAAUUUGAGAAGAAGGUUGAUUUGAAUCACUUUGAUUUCUUCGUCAUCGUCGGCUCCCAGCGCUUCCGCUCCACCCAUUCUGACCUGGUCCGUGAGAUCCAAGAUAUGGGCAAGAGCUUCUACUUUGUGCGCACCAAAGCAGACCUGGACCUGUCGGCCGCCAGGAGGCAACGGCCAUCUGACUACAAUGAGGAAAAGGUCCUCUUGCACAUCCAGGAGGACUGCAAAGAGUGCUUGGUAAGAGAAGGAGUGAGGGACCCACAAGUCUUCAUCGUCUCCAACUGGGAAGCCGACUGCUUUGAUUUCCCCCUCCUGCAGGAAACGCUGAAGAACGAUCUCUUGCGGCUGAAGAGGCAAGCCUUCCUGCUCCGCUUCCCUAGCAUCUGCCGGCCUAUGUUAGAGAAAAAGAAAACCACUGUGAAGGAGAAGAUUUGGACCAAAAGGCUUUGUUUGCUGGUCGCUCUUGGAAGCCCAGUUCCCUUCCUUCUUCCCAUAUUUCUGUUUAGUAAGUUCCGCUCCUGGUGCUUCCUGGACUUUGGCCUGGAUGAUCCAUCCCUUGCAGCUCUGGCCCAGCGUGUUGGAAAGACAAGCACAGCCCUUAAAGCAGCAAUGCAGUCCCUGGGAAUGUUUUCUGCCAUUUUAUGGGUGCUGCCAGACUUGGUGGGACUCUCAGUGAUGGCUUAUGAAUAUCACCGCUGGGAGCAUUUCCCCAUCUUUGGCUGCCUUCUGUCCAUUGGGAUUUCGCUUCCUCGCACCUACUUCAUGCUGCAGAAAUGCAUAUUGGGUGCUGCUAAUGACACCCAGAGGGUUUUGUCCAAAGCUCUUGAGGCAGAGGGGAAAAAGUCCAUUUAGCAGCAAGCAGAUGUGCCAUGAUGACUAAGUGCUUGAUAUAUAGUAUCUGGUGAAUUAUACGUUUCCAUUUUUUAAACAACCACCACCAAAAGACAUUAAAAGAAUAAUAAUCAGAUGAUCAGGUUUUUUAUUUUUAAAAUUCCAUAAAUCUUAGGCUUCUCAUU